AUGAAUUUGAGUAGAAGUGUGGGUAACUUUGUCAAAGCUGGGCGUUGUGAGAGAUUUUUCAGUUAUAAUCGUUUUUUACAAAAUUCUAAUGCUAAUAAUCUAUUUGGAUCAUUAGUUAAAGAAGAUACAUCAAAAAAUAGUAAGACUAGCUCCAAUAGGUUAUUGAAUGCAUAUAAUGAAGUUGCUGUGAAAGGAGAUGAACCUAGUGAUGGUGUUUCUGCUUUGAAGCCAGAAGAUGAUGUACAAUUACAAAAAUAUAUUAAAAAGGUUAAAAAUCAACCAGAGCUUCCAGCAAAGGACAUUCUAUUGAGUCCAUUAAAGAAAAAGAUAUAUGAAGCAAAUUGUAAGAUGAAUGGUGGGUUUUUCACUAGAGAUACUGUGGUUGCAGUUUCAAAAUUGGGUCAAUUUAAAUUAAAAUUAUCACAAAAGGAAAUUGAAGCUCUUGAACCAUCGGUUUACUUAAAAUCAGCUAGAUUGGGAACCACCCCAAAGAAAGCAACUCAAUUGUGUAGAUUGUUGAAUGGGUUAGACUUGAAAAAAGCUAUUACACAGUGUCAUUUCUCCAAAAGACAUGUUUCUAGAUACAUUGGUGAAUUAUUGGAGCAAGGUAUUGAAGAUGCCAAUAAAUUGAAAUUGGAUCCAAAUGAUUUAUACAUUUCUCAAAUUUGGACCGGUAGUGAUGGUAAUUGGAUGAAGAGAAUCGAGGCAAAAGGUAGAGGUAGAGUUGGUAAGAUUACGCAUAGAUUUGUACAUGUAAGAUGCAUUCUAAAGAGCAAGUCAGUAACAUUGAAAAGAUUAGCCCAUGAAUCUGAAUUAAAACAACAGAGAAAGAAACCUUGGGUUCAAUUAGCUGACAAACCAGUAAGGGGUGUCACCAAUAAUGUUUAUAAAUGGUGA